UCCAACACUUCAUGGGCUGGAUGCUUCUUCUACACACAUCAUUCAAAGCGACACCUGUGCGUGCAUGUGCAGCGAGUGGCUGUGAUCUUGGAGUACCUGAGGCAGGUGUGGAAAGUUACUGUGACGGCAGACCAGAUGGAGCUCAUUGUUAUGGAACUUUGGGAGGAACUUUGGACAUCAAACUGACGGACAACACCUCAGAAAUAUUCAGAUUCCUACUGUCCAAGAAUACAUCAGUAAUAAAAUUCAGGAGAAGCAACAGUCUUAAAUAUAAUACGACAGAUGAAAGAUUUCUGUUUUAUCCCAGUAAUGGAACACUUAGGAUACAUAACCUGAGCAGUACAGACAGCGGUAAAUAUAACUUUUUGACCUUUAAUUCAGAUGGAAAAAUAUCAGCUGAGCGGACUUUACAGAUUUUUAUUCAAGGUACUUCCUGGUUCAUACAUGGUUUGAAAGCAGUGGUAAUUGCGGUGGUAAUUAUAUCAUUAAGUGGGAUUUGGAUCUACUUCACUUGGAAGAAAAAAACAAUAUUGGAAGGCUCUGCUGUUCCACAAAGGAUGGAAUCUCCAGACAACUCUGUUUUAAUGACUGAAAUGAGUCCUUACUCCAACACCUAGUGUCACCUUUCACCUGCUGUAAAUUCGCUGUGUGUCCUUAUAGGUGUGCAAAUGAGGACUAGGUUCUUCUUCUUCUUGUUCUUUUUUCUUUUGUCAUAUGUAGUGCACAAGGACACAUUUGUUUACACCCUUUGGUGUGUUUGUGUUGCAUUUUAUAAUAAACCAUAUAGUUUACAAUGUGAUUUCAGUGUGUGAAUAAAGAGGUAACAAAAAUGUUUAUUUCUGGUUCUUAAAAGCAGGAAUAGUCAAAGAAAAAAAAGACCAUGGUAAAGGGGAGAGCAAAAACUUUAGAGGAAAGGAGCUAAAGAACUGAAAUAACAUCUGAGUCGAACAUUAACAAUCAAGUUAAAAAGGGUCACGUUUUUAUGUUGUGUAGUGUCGGGCAACAGAACUUCAACUGGAUGGCAUUUAGCCGGAUUUGAGCAGACAGUAUGUCUCUGAACACCUCAAAAUACAUUCGGCUGCGUAUGUCCUG